CAGUGUGAGAAAGUGUGCAGAACACCCGGAAAAUGGACUACGUCUAUAUGGCCGGUGGUGAUCCCGGUAAUCCGCGCGCCGAAGACAUCAUUACGCUAACAAUGUACGAGAAUGACCCGGCCGGUGCAGUGCAGGAGUUUGCAGAAGCGGCCGAGUACGGUGCGUUUAACAUCGGUUCCUCGGAGGCAGAAUAUAUCGAGCACGGUAUGAUUUUGGCCGAUGGUGGUGAACGGUUCGGUGUGUCGACCGUCUGUUUCGACACGCAGGAGGAGCUGAUUUGGAUGGGCAACCAGGGUGGUCACGUCACGUCCUACUUCGGUAGUGCAAUGCAAAAGUACACCUCCUUUCAGGUGUCGAACGAAGUCGUCCGGCAGAUAUUGACGAUUGAUGCGGGCAUACUGGCGCUCACGCCAACCUGCCUAAGACACCAGAUCCGGCGCGGUAUACCGAAGUUUACGUUUCGCUCGGAACGGAUGGUCGACAUGGUGUGUAUGAUUGAGCAUGCACCGGCCCGUCUACUGAUGGGCGGCCAUCAGAGUGAUCUGAUCGAACUGGAUCUUGGGACGUUUACUGAGCUGACAAGCGUUGUCGCCGGAGUGAACGGGUGUGCUAUCUUGCGGCGCCAUUCCCGGUAUCUGUGCGCUGGCGAUGCUUACGGCAAGGUGACCCUACUCGAUCCAAACACCCUGUCGAUCGAGCACGAACUUCCAACCCAUUCCGGCAGUUUAUCAGAUUUUGACGUCCAAGGCAACUAUCUGAUUUCGUGCGGGCUAAGCGGUCGCCAGGGCAACCUUACGAUGGAUCGCUUUUUGAUGGUGUACGAUAUGCGCAUGCUGCGAUUGGUAUCUCCGAUACAGGUGCUCGUCGAACCGCAGUUAAUGCGUUUCCUUCCGUCGCACUAUUCCCGGCUAGCUGUGGUCUCGCCGCACGGACAACUACAGCUUGUGGAUACGGUCGAGCUGAGCGAACCACGGGUGUGCAUGUUCCAGAUCAAUACCAGCGGUUCUCAGUGCCUUUCGUUUGAUAUCAGCUCCACCAGCCAGGCGAUGGCGUUCGGUGAUCAAUCCGGUCACAUAAAUCUGAUAUCGGGAGCCAAAAUCAACACGCCAACGCUGCAGUUUAAUCCGUACUCGCGGGACACCGAGUUUGCGGACACGAUCGAACCGGCGACACCCUUCGUACCGAUUACGGACACAAACUUUCCACUGUCCUCGGUACUAUUGCCCCACCUAACUACCGGUGAGCGAUGGUUAAGCGAUUGGCCACCGUGGAUGAAUACGUACGAACAUUGGCGAGCGAAGCCGAUCGAUCCGGUCGUUAUCGGUACGAUGAAGAUGCAGGGACCUAUAGGGUACGCACCCAACCCAAGGAUGGGUCUGCGAAAUCAAAUCCCCUACCUGUUGGAUGGCUCGAAUGGAACAUUGGCAGCUGGAUCAGUGGCUGGAUCGGCCGCACACGGUACCUCGUCCACCAAGGGUGGUAACGGUUCGGAACAGCAAGGCAUCAAACUGGUCCCACGCCGCUAUCGUAAGGUGGAGGUCAAGUACACCAAGCUCGGCACUCAAGAUUUUGACUUUGAGCAUUACAAUCAGACGGGUUUUGUUGGGCUCGAAGCAAACCUGCCCAAUGCGUAUUGUAACGCGAUGCUACAAGUGCUGUACUUCAUCAUUCCACUGCACAAAGCUAUCCGGGCGCACUGUUGCACGAAAGAGUUUUGCCUUUCCUGCGAACUAGGCUUUCUGUUCCACAUGCUCAACGUUGGCAGUUCCAGCUCACCCUGCCAGGCAAGCAACUUCCUGCGCUCCUUCCGUACCGUCCCGGAAGCUGCCGCCCUGGGGCUAAUUCUAUCAUCCAACAGUGCGAAUGUGAAUUUGAUCAGCCUCAUUCAAAACUGGAAUCGAUUCGUACUGCACCAGAUCCACUACGAGCUGGUUGAUGCGAUGAAGAAAAAUGAAACGAUGCAUUUUUACGAGCACGGCCAGCAACCGCAACAUCACGGCAUCACGCUCGAGCAGGACAGUGUCCAAAAGUUUCAAAUUUUCAACCUUGGCAGCGGGAAAUCAACGGCCUCAACUAAUCCCCCAACAGCGACCGGAAGUGCGGUGCAGGAAGAUUCGGAAAUUGGCCGACUGUUUGGCACGCAGCAGCAAACGACACACCGAUGCAACAAAUGCAACACAACCCGCGUCAAGGACAGUGUACUGCUCGUGUGCACCUUACUCUAUCCGACCGCCACGACCAACAACGUGGAAGGCACAUUUGGUACAAUUUUAAAACACUCUCUCGGGGUGGAAAAAACAACCCCGGCCUGGUGCGAAACGUGUAACAAGUUUACACCGACGAAUCAAAAGUCACGCGUCACCGAUCUGCCGGCGAUACUUUCCAUCAACUGUGGGCUGUACAAGGAGAAGGAACUGGAAUACCUAAAGCGUCAAAUGUCACGUACGACCGGUGCACAAUCUUCGCCCAGUCCAUCCGGGCCGAGUACGGCGACCGUGUCCGGCGCAGCCACCGAUCAGUCAACGGCUACAUUUAACGGAUCCGGUACGGGCACCAAGAUGUGCCGGUAUGGUACGAACUGUUCGCGGGUCGAUUGUCAUUUUGCUCAUCCAAGGAAAUCGUCGCCUUGCGUCAUAUCGGCUGCAUCGUCCACAUCUACCUCGGCUGCCGCAACGCACGGUAUGCAAAAGUCUUGGUUUCCGCUAAGCUUCCAGAUGUCACUCGACGAGCAGCAGAACCUCGACAUUAGCUCGUUACGUACCGCCUCAAAUGGAGAGCCUGUAUUUCCGAACGCCGCCACUGAACCGGGAACGACGCUGGAAUCAGAAGUCAAGGAGGAAAAUCCCACGAAUGACCAUCCAGAAGAUUCGGCAUCGGGGCAAAAAAUCAGCAAAACCUACAACCUAUCGGCCGUGGUUUGCUACAUCAAUGAUGGUUCGCAGCACAAUCUUGUAUCACUGAUCCACGUCCCGGCAUGCUACCAGGAACUAAAACAACCAGGCGAUUCCAACCCAAUGGGUGGUUGGUACAUUUUCAAUGAUUUUAGCAUUUCUCCGGUACCGGUACAGGAAGCGGUGUGGUUCACCCUAGACUGGAAAGUCCCAUGCGUUCUAUUCUACACCAGCAGCGCUUUGGCCGAAGAGCAGUGUCGUUUAGGGUUGGAUUUAAGUAACGAACCUCUCACACACUACGUUAAUCCCUUCACGACUGAUCUGUACGAAGAGGAAGGUGCAGAUGAUGGUAGUGGCCGUACGCCGGAAGACGUUGGCACCGAUGCGAUCGGUAAAGGGGACGAACCUAGCGAACAUCACCAUCACCCGGACGGCAACGAUACGGAACCGAGCAUCCUGUUUAAACCUCUCGGACGCAACGAACAUUUCCAGCCCGGCGAUCUGGUCGCAAUGGAUGCCGAAUUCGUUACGCUCAAUCCGGAGGAAAGUGAGAUACGUUCGGAUGGAAAAAUGUCUACCGUCAAACCGAGCCAUAUGAGCGUUGCCCGCAUCACGUGCAUUCGUGGACAGGGCGAGUAUGAAGGUGUACCGUUUAUGGACGAUUACAUCUCCACCCAGGAGCAGGUCGUAGACUAUUUGACCAAAUUUUCCGGCAUCCAACCGGGCGAUCUGGAUGCGAACUUUAGCAACAAACGGUUAACGACGCUUAAGAAUUCGUACCAGAAGUUGCGCUUUCUCGUCGACAGUGGGGUAAAGUUUGUUGGGCACGGACUGAGGAACGAUUUUCGCGUCAUCAACAUCAUCGUACCGCCGGCACAGGUGGUCGAUACGGUGCAUCUGUUCCAUCUGCCCCACCAUCGGAUGGUAUCGCUGCGCUUUUUGGCCUGGCAGUUUCUUGGCAUUAAAAUACAGUCGGAAACGCACGAUUCGAUCGAGGACGCACGGACGGCACUGCAUCUGUACAAACACUAUCUGCGGCUGAUGGAAAAGGACGAACUUUCGCACGCACUUUCAACGCUGUACGAAACGGGCAAAAAGUUGCAGUGGAAGGUGCCGGACUAA